UUAAAAAAAAACAAAAAAAAACUACUGCCCUGUGCCCCUUGACCACUAGCACGUGUGUCCAUGUGCUCUGCCCAUCACUGUCAGGUGUCCUAAGCCUGGGGUCCCGGGUUUACAAGGACCCGGUGUUGAGGAACUCUCAGUAAGUCAGUGCCCGUGGAAUUUUUUUCUAAACCUAACAUUUAGCCAUUUCAGUUAGUAGCAUUUCCCCCUUAAUCGUAAUUUUGACAUCAGAGACUAAUGAAUUUACCUAAUGGUUUGCGCUUUAUUGCUCAUAAUUGAGUGGAGGAACUGGUUCCUAUUUGAUACAUAACAUUAGCAUAUUUAGCUUAAUUUUUGUAUCGCAAAAGGACAGUCCCCCCCCCCCACGAUGCCCUUCUGUAGCAAGCAGCAGAUAAAAGAACAUCCCAAACUAGGAUUGUUUAAAAAUCUACCCAGUAUAUAAAUACUUUCAAGACAAUUUUAGACUUUUGCUGACUGGCCACCACCACCACCACCACCACCACCACAUUAGUGCUUUAGCAUUGUCCAUAAUUUUGAAAUAUGUAACAUGAAUUUUGCUCAUGAAUUGGGCCCUGGGUCCUGUCGUUUGUGGUGAGGGGCUGACUGGGGGGACAUGAGGGCCGGACGGGGAGUGUUCACACCACUAGAACCUGCCAGGCUCUGUGACAAGCUCUUCAAACUGGGUUUUAUUUUGCUACCGAACUCCUUCCCUCUACCUGUGGAGAAUAUUCCCCACUAAAGCCCUUAAUACAGUUUAUUCUAAGGGAUAAAAGCUGAAUUUUUAUUCUAAAAUUUGCACAAAUGUUUUGUUUUUCAGGUCUUGAGUCACCACGUCCAAAUACAAUCCUCGGGUUAGUAAUCUGUCAGAAAAUAAAACGUCCUUCAAAUGCUGGAGAGUUGGACAAGAUAGAGGAAAAGCGAAGCCGGCUCCAAACACAAGAAGUGGAUGUUGCAGCCUACCCCAAAGGAACUGCGGCUCCUCAGCCUGAAAAGAAGCCCUCCAGGUAUCAGCUCCUCUCUGCAGACGCGGCUGCCAGCAGCACCCCCCUGGGGUCACCGCCACCCCCGCCCCCCCUGCCGGAGCCCCCGGCAGCGCCAGCUUCGGCAUCAGCGUUAAAGAUCCUGUCGUCCCUCCGGCCCGGGGCCACAAGCACUGUCACAGCAUCAGCUGCGUCCACGGCAGUCACAGGGGCAGCCGCCUCCGCCGCUUCAUCUGCUUCCAAGACAGCUUCGCCCCUAGAACACAUCCUCCAGACUCUUUUUGGAAAAAAGAAAUCCUUCGAUGCCCCUGCCAAAGAUUCUGCUGAGUCCACUGCAGCCUCCCACCCAGAUGCCAAAACCAAGGUGCAUGACGGGGUGGCAGCCACCCUAUUGCUAGAUCCAAUUGUCCAGCAGUUUGGUCAGUUUUCAAAAGAAAACGCUUUGGAGGAAGAAGAGGACGACAGGCCCUAUGACCCCGAGGAAGAGUAUGGUCCUGAGUGGGCCUUCCACACCCCACUCCCGGAAGAAGGGAAACAGGGGGACACGGAAAAUGCUCCUGAAACGGAUGAGGAGGAGGAGGUGGCCUGCGACCCCGAAGACGAGACCAUCCUAGAGGAGGCCGAGGUCACCAUUGACGACCUGCCCAACAGAAUGUGUGCAGAUGUUAAAAGGAACUCCCCAGAGAGGUCUGCUGAGCAUGCCGCUGAUCUCCCCACUCCCUCCUUGGCUGAACAACAGAAAAUGUUAGAGGCACUGAACAAGCAGAUCGAGGAGCAGAAACGACAGCUCGAGGAGCAGGAGGAGGCCCUGAGGCAGCAGAGGGCGGCCAUGGGGGCCUCCAUGGCCCACUUUUCAGUGUCAGAGGCGUUAAUGUCACCCCCACCCAAGGCCUCGCUGACCAAGGCAGAGCUGUUCCAGCCAGAGCCACAGAUCCCAGACAAGCCCACCUUACUUCCCAGCAGCAGCCCGGCGACCCAGGGCGCCCACCGAAGCUCAGACCCGAGGCCGAGCCGAGACCCCCGGCUGGCCCGGAGGCUGGCGGCAGAGAGCAGCGAGGCUGGGGAGCUCAAGCCACCGGCCAAUGGCUUGCACAGCGCCCUGCUUUCCCGGGACACCCCUGGGGGGGCCGACACAGCCCAGCUGCCUCUGCUGGCCCAGGAGGAGCGGGAAUUGGCGCCUCCCCAGUGGGUGCCCGGUGAGAAAGCUCCACCACUGUCCAACCACGGCAGACAGCAGAGCGAGCGCCCAGAAGACGCAGCCAUGCAGCUCUCCGAGAGCGCCCAUCCCCCGGGGGUCCGGGACAGCGCCCCCAGGCCGGUGCGCAAAGUACUGCUGCCCACGCCGCCCAGCACCGCCUUGCAGCCCAAUUUCCCUCUGCACAGCGAUGGGCAGAGUUUCAGCGUUCCCGGGGGAAGGGAGCCUCUCUCGAGCACAGUGUUCACAUCUCAGGAGAAAUCUCUCGGUGCGUCCCAGUUUGAGGAUCCAAGAAAUCUUCAGUUUCCUGAAAAAACAGACAGUGCAGGUGCUGAGAGAGAGAGAGCGCCGCAGUGCAAGCCCAGCGAGGGGGCCUCUGCGUUUCCCCCAACUGCACAGAAGGGGGGCGGCCCCCAGCCCCAGUUCCAGGGGCAGCGGGAACCCCCUCUGCGGGCCUUCCCGCCAGGACUUCACGGCCCUGGUUUCCCAGCACCAAGGGGACCGGCCCCUCCAUUUUCUGAGGAGAAUCUUACUUCUAAUCACGAGGGUCUGAGAUGGCCUCCGCCCCCCAGGUUCGGGGCACAGAAGGGGCCGAUCCCUUCCUUGUUCUCCGGACAACAUGGUCCCCCUCUUUUCGGGGAGAACAGGGGCCCUGUGCCCUCCUCCCUCGGGGGGCCCCGAGCAGGAGCACCAUUCCAGUUUGAGGAACGCAAAGAUCCCCAUGGGGAAAAGAAGGAAUUCCAAGAACCCCCGUACGCCGAGCUGCCUGGUCCUCCUGCCCAGUUUGAAGGGCCCGAACAGGCCCAGUUUAUGGAGCAUCGGGGCUCCACACCUCUCCAAUUCAGAGCCCAGAGAAGACCCCUGCUAUGGCAGUUCAGAGGACCCGGAGGCCCUCCGCCCUCUCAGUUCGGAGGUCAGCGAGGACUGCCCCCUGGCCAUUUUGUGGGCCCCAGGGGGCCCCAUCCUGGUCACUUUGAAGGACCCAGAGGCCAAGCACCAAAUUUCAUGCCAGGCCCCAGGGGAAUCCAGCCUCAGCAAUUUGAAGGACAAAGAGGAAAUUCACCACCGAGCUUUGCAAGUCAGAGGGCGCCGGCACCCCUUCCGUUUGCUGGACCCCGGGGAUCCGCGCCCUUUUCUGAGAAAAAUGAGCAGCCGCCUUCAUGGGUCCGCUUCCAGGGGCAGCCCCCGCCGGUGCCGAAGCCUGGCCCGCGGCCGCUGCUGGAGCUCCCCGGCCACCCGCCGCCGCCCCGGAAGGAGCCGUGGGACGACGCGCGCCCGGCCGCCUCCCUGCCCGCCGGCGCCCCCGGGCCGGGCCCCGAGGCCGACCCGCAGUGGUCGCCCCCCGGUUUCCUGGAGGGCAGAGGGCACGAGUGCGGGAACCAGGCCUUGGAAGUCAGGCCGCGGGAGCGGUUUGAGGCGGGACCCAAGGAGAAGCCGGCGGACGAGCCCGAGGCGCAGAGGGGCAACGGGCGCCCGGGCCGGGCCUGCGAGGAGCGGCGGCGCGAGCGGGAGCACGGCCGGGGCUGGGUCCGCGAGCGGGACCGGGAGAGGCAGCGGGACAAGGACAGAGACCCGCGGGAGCGCGGCCGGGACCGCAAGGACCGCAGCAAGGGCAAGGAGAGCGGCCGCGACCCGAAGGCCCAGGCGCCCCGGGCCCCCACGGCGGGCGGUGCAGCCCCCGCGCAGGCCUAGGCCGGGGGUCCCCAGUGGGCAGUGGCCUGGGUGAAGGUGGCGUAUUCCGGAUUUCAGAACAUGACUGUAACUUUGUGUAUGAUGGUUUCUUAAUGGAAUUUCACACCUUUACAAUUCUGAUGCUUCUUUAAAAACUAACAACUCAGUAUUUCCAUUCAAAAUAACAGCAAUGGGAAAGUGUCACUAAAAGCAUAUUGGUUUUUCAGAUUAUAAAGCUAUCUUUUCCAAGAACCUGACUUGUAAAUGUUAAGGGAAUGUCCGCGGACCUUAGAGUCAUACCUUUACUGACAUCGCAUCUGUAUGUCUGUGUUCAAAAGGCUGGUUUUCCCUUUUUCCAUGUCUGUCACCUGCUGUCAGAGGAGCCCCCUGCUGCCCUCGGAUUGGGUUACCCUUGGGGGCUGCGUGCGUUUAUGGCCUGAUUAAGGGAGAGCAGUAUUACUACUUUGUAUCUGGAAGGAUGAGACACACAAAACUUGUAAGUGCAUUUUUCUUGUCAUAAGGAAAUUUGAAUUACAAAUUUCAACCAGGAAACAAAAACACAUUUUCAUUUUGCUCAGCCUUAGAAUUUUUUUUCAAAAACAUGAUUAAAAGCAACAUAUGUCCAAAUAGAAACAGUUGCAUUUUAAAUGACAAUUUAUUGAAAACUGUCUAAAUUUUACCAGCCUAAAGAAAAUGAGAAUAAAAAAACAAUUAAGUAUACUUUAAGGGGUGAGGGGGGGUGGUUCUUUGAAUAAUCAGGAACAUUUUGUUUGUAGAAUUUUGCCUUCUGAGCAGUUCUUCCUUUAUCCCAGGAAAGGUGCACUAAGCUUUAAACUGUCACAUUUGUCAGAUGAGAAAUUUAAAAGUCUGUCAUUGAGAAUGGAACAAUAUUUGUAUAAAGUCUGAGAUGGAAAAUAGUGAUAUUAGUUCAAGAACUACAAACUACAUAGAAAGCGUUCACUGUGAAAUACAGUAUACUGCUGCUUGUCAUGUAUUUUUCAAGUACUUCUGAAGUGUGAAAUAGAGAAAACUUUGCUAAUUUAUUUGACUGUACAAAUACACUUUGAUAAUUUUUUAUAUUUUCAUAAAAUUACUUUUGCAAAUGUAAAAUUAGAGGAUUUCAUUUGUCCUUUGAACUCUAUUCCAUUAUACAUCACUACAGUUUUUCACUUUAUAGCAGAAAUUUCUAAGUUGCAAGAGCCCAGCAGUGUGGGGUGGCGGCCGUGUGGACCGAGGGCUGCGGGUUGCACCCCGUUGAAGUGGGGUUGUGCUCCAACAUCUAAUAUGAUGUGAAGGUUUUUUACAUAUAAAACACAUCUUUCUAAUUUAAAUACACAAAUAUAAAAAAUCAAGUAUGUUUCCUUAAGUUUACUCGAUAGAAAUUUCUGUAAAUUGUAUUUUAUAUUGCGAAGUAUAUGAAUGUACAUUAAAACAUGGAACUGUGUAGGUUUUGUUAUUUGAAGUAGAAUAAACA